UUAGGUUAGCUCAUGGACUGCCAACUUGGGCACCCGUUUUACGUAAGGUUAGGUAAAAAGACGCUGUGACGAGUAACAUAACCUCCUCGAAAUUGCAAAGAAAGCGCAACAAGUGCAAUAAAGCGUGAAGAAAGUGACCUUGCAAGUUUACUUUCGAAGUAAAAGUGUUUAAAGUAAAUUUUAGUUUUUCGAUCUUUCCUAGAAACAGUGUGUUUCACGAGGACAUUGGAAAUUUAAUGUAUGCAGAGUAUCGAAAAUAAUGAAGGGGUUAUUACAUUGUAUCGUUGAAUUUUAUUGCAUGAACAUUCUAAAAUCGUAUCGCGUGCAGAAAGAUUAUGAGAAGAUCAUUUAAGGGUUAAUUAGUAUGAGAACUUUCUCAGUCACGAUUGUCAGAAAAAUUCUCUGACUCGAAGAUAACCUCUCCCAUUGUGUGUAUGUCAAGAUGAUAUUUUUCAUUUGACGAAAACACAGGAAUACAAAGUAAUUGAGAAAAUGCCACACCCGUGUGUUGUGUGCGGCCGUUCACGUAUGAAUCCCAAUAACAGGGAAGAAGAGUAUAUGUUCUUUGGAUUCCCCGUUAACGAUGAGGCUCGAUGCAGAAAGUGGUUGGAAUUUUGCUGCCGCGAGGAUUUGUACAAACUUACGAAAAAGCAGCUGCUUCAACGUAUGGUCUGUUCCAAGCAUUUCGAUAAGAAAGAUUUUUUAAAUGAGUACUUCGACAGAUUAAAUAGUACCGCUGUACCUUCAAUUUAUGAUCCAAAACAAAGUUUAUACAACAUAACGUGUGUACUGUGCGGUCGUUCCCGUCGAGAUCCACCAAGUUUGGAUUAUGAUGGUGCAACUUUCCAUCAUUUUCCUGGCGAAGAAUUUCGUUGUUUGAAAUGGCUUGAUUUUGUUGGCGUUGAUUCAUACUAUAGAUUAACCAGAAAGGAAAUUUUAUUCUGUUAUAUUUGUUCGAAACAUUUUGAUGACUCUCAAUUUAUGUCUGGUUACAAGAGUAGACUAGUAGAUAAUGCUGUACCUAAUAUUCGCAACUCGGAUCAGUUGGAUGGAUCUGAACAAUAUAUUAUGGAAUUUGUAUCAGACUUAAAGCCAUAUGGUUCUCCAGAGAAACCAAAAAAAUUAGAUCCUUUACCACCAGCUGUUUUAGAAAGUCAAGCAUGUGCUGCGUGUGGUAGAUCAAGAUCUGAUCCUAGAAACAAAGUGGAGAGAUAUAAGUUUCAUCCUUUUCCUGCUUAUGAGAUUGGAAGGUGUUUAAGGUGGUGUCAAUUUCUAGGUAGAGAAGAUCUGUUGAAGAUGUCACCAAACCAGAUACGAAAAUUAGUACUAUGUUCCAAGCAUUUUCAAACAGGACAAAGUUUUCAUAAAGUAGGUCCAUGUGAUGCAGUUCCAACUAUAAAAGAUGUGUCACAAUUGAAUUCUGUCAAUUCCACAGAACAAAUUGAAGAUGAACAGGAUACUAUAGACGAAUCAAAUUGUACUAAUACGACUAAAGGAGUUAAGAGACAAGGAUUUAUAAGACCUUUAGUAUCUAGUAAAAAACCAAAGGUAGAUAAUAAGCCUACUCCUCUUGCUAAGAAACGUGGAAAGUCUAAAAGGCCAACACUUAUCAACAUUCCAAGACCUGAUCCUAAUAAUAUAGAAAAUCGAGUGAUAAGGAAGUUGCCUCUUCCAGCUAACUGGAAAAUUCAAUUUACAGAUCAGCUUCAACCAAUUACAAUAGCCAACAAUAUUACAUCAAAUAUUACAAACAAUAUACAAGGGAAUAUAAAGAAAGUAAUCUUACCGUUUACUGGUGACAUAUCGAAUUUAGGUGCUCCUAUACCAGUGAACAGUUUGUCCAGCAUUCCUCCAGGUUUAUUAAUUAAAAUCAAUCUUCCUGAACAAGAACAACAGAAAACAGUAAAAAUUAAUAAGAAACAGACUAGGACAAAGAUUACUCAUAUUCCUACUACCUCUAAUGAAAUUGAUACAAGACAGCAAGUAUGGGUAAAAAAUGAACAAGCAUCAGUUACAUUGCCUGUAAUAAAACAGACUAAUCAGGAUGCAGAAAAAAACUUAGUUGAAUUUCUGGCGAUCUCACCAGAAGAAACAGAAGUUAAAAUGACUGCUGAUGAAUUGGAAGUGCACGAAGAAGUUGUUUUACCACAUUCAUUGGAAGUAUUGGAUGAGGAAGCAGCUAAUGUGAAAGAGGAACAGUUUUAUCAAGACUUUGAAGAAGUAGAAUGUUUGACUCCCAAGCAAGAGAAGCCAGUACAGCGUAAAAAAGUGUCAGGAACAAUGCGAAGAACAAUUUUUCCUAUUAGAAGUGAAGUUAAAUACUUCUUGAGCAAACUUGCACCCUACAUGCAUAGACUUCCCAGAAAAGCUAGAGCACAAAUAAAACUUUCGAUCGUUAAUAUGGUGAUUGAUCAGUUAUAAGUUUACUAAGGAAUAAAUAAAUAGUAUUUUUAAGGGACUAUAAUUGAAAGCAAACAUUUUAAAUAUACGCGCGUAUACAAAUUCCUUGUAUAUUCAAAGUAACCAAGUAUAUAGUCGUUAAAUGAUAAUAGCUAAGAAACAUUAUUUUUAUUAUAUAUUUAUAAAAGAAUGGUGAUAGGUAUGAUAAUAAUUCUAGAUUACAGAUUUGGUAGAGUACAAAUGCUAUUUGUAGUAAAUUCUUUGACCAUUUUUAUGUCAUUUGUUUUACUUAAUUGUUGAGAUGUACAUUUUUAAACUUUAAGAGGCAUUGCAUUGUUGCAAAAAUUUAUCAAAACUUGAUAAUUUGUUUUGAUCAAUUAUAUUUAUACAUAUGUACAUACAUGUAUAAACAUACACACGUACAUACACACAUCAUGCAAAAAAUAGAAUUAUAAUGAUUAUGUUGCAAAGAAAAUGUGUAAAAAGAUUUAUUGUAUGAUAAAAUUUUGUGAGAGAAUGAAAUACAAGAUAAUAAUUUGU